GUUGAAGACCAUGCAUCCACUUGCUUCCUUCUCCACUGCACUUCACUAUUUCUGCAACAAUGGGUUCUCUGAAUAAGCCUCAUGCAGUCCUAGUACCAUACCCUGCUCAAGGCCACUUGAACCCAUUUAUGCAACUGGGCAAGCUUCUUCACGCAAGAGGCUACCACAUUACCUUCGUUAACAAUGAAUUCAACCACCAACGCUUGGUUAGAUCCAAAGGGUCCGAAUUCAUUAAAGGCCUGCCGGAUUUCAGGUUCGAAUCCAUACCCGACGGGCUGCCGCCGUCCGACCUGGAUGCCACCCAGGAGAUUACGCCUCUCUGUUAUGCGGUUAGGAAGUAUAUGAUAAUCCCAUUCAAGGAGCUACUAAGGAAACUGAAUUCGACGCCGGAUGUGCCUCCGGUCACCUGCGUGGUAUCGGAUGGGUUCAUGAAUUUUGGUAGUAUUGCGGCAAGAGAGCUUGGGAUUCUUGGAGUUUGUUUCUGGACUGCCUCUGCUUGUGGCUUCUUGGGCCAUAUGGUCUUUCCUGAGCUUCGCGAGAGAGGGCUUUUUCCAUUCAAAGAUGAUAAUUUCGAGAAGGAUGGCAGUAUGGACACGCCAAUCGACUGGAUACCAGGCAUGAAGGACGUCAGGCUACGGGACAUGCCAAUCUCAAUCAGAACCAGCGACCCAGACGACAUCUUAUGGCACUGCUUACGAGAAGAAGUGAUCGACUGCAUGAAAUGUCCUGCAAUAAUCUUCAAUACAAUCGAAGAAUUCGAACACGAAGCCUUGGAAGGAAUCAAGCCAACAUACUCCAACGUUUACAACAUCGGACCUCUGAGUUUACUUGAAAAAAACCUACCACUGAGCCAAGCCAAGACACUCAGCACCAGUUUGUGGAAACCGGACACAAAAUGUCUCGACUGGCUCGACAGACAACAGCCCAACUCGGUGGUGUAUGUCAACUACGGCAGCAUAGCCGUAAUGUCCGAAGAAAACUUCAAGGAAUUCGCUUGGGGACUGGCUAAUAGCAAGCACCCAUUUCUGUGGGUGGUUAGGCCUGAUAUUGCGAAUUCGAAUUCCGGUACUUUAACCAAAGAGUACUACGAAGAGAUUAAGGAUAGAGGGUUGUUGGUUAAUUGGUGUCCGCAAGAACAAGUUCUCUUGCACGAAUCGGUUGGUGUUUUCUUGAGUCAUAUUGGUUGGAAUUCGACAUUGGAGACUAUUUGCGGUGGUGUGCCUGUGAUCUGUUGGCCUCGGUUCGCGGAGCAGCCGACGAAUGCUAGGUUUUCGUACACGGUUUGGGGGAUUGGGUUGGAGCUGGAUCAGGAUGUGAAGAGGGAAGAACUGACGAAUCUUGUGAAGGAAAUGUUGGAAAGUGAGAAUGGGAAGAAGAUGAAGAGUAAGGCAGUUGAAUGGAAGAAGAAAGCAGAGGAAGCAACUAGUGUUGGUGGUUCUUCUUACAAUGAUUUUAAUAGGUUGUUUCAAGAGGUUUUUCACUUUGGGAAUUGAUCACCAUUUGAUUGAUUUCAAUUUGCAAGAAGUAGAAGUUGAAUUUCCUAAUUGUUGCUGGUGUUGAAGAUUCAUGUGUUGUAGUAUUGAGGAUGUUUUGAUAAGAUUAUUGAGUAUAGCAAUAGUGUAACUAGCACUCAUCUCAAUUAGGGGUGUUAAAAAAAUCGUAUAAACUGAAUCGACUGUCAAA